UCAUGAGCGUUAAGCAGUUAAGUUAUAGUUAAUACUGUUUAUAAUGUUAGUAUAGAUAGACUAUAGAAUAAAAGAGUAUAGACUAAUUAGACUAUAUUGUUUAUUAUUGUGUCAGUAUUCUACUUGUACUACACUUUAAACUUAAUAUUUUCUACAAAUUAACAAAAUAUUGUGCUUUAAAUCUCGAAUUCGUUAAACUGUAACAAAGAAUAUGGUCUUAAGCUGUUCGGUUCAGAACUGUGAGAACAAAUUUAUAAGAGGAAAUGGAAUUAUAUUUCAUCGACUUCCUUUUCAUGAUCCAGAAUUACUUGAUAAAUGGUUAAAAGCAUUAAAUAUCGAUAACUCGACUCCUUCUAAGUAUUUCAAUGUCUGUUGUGAACAUUUUACUGAAGAUGAUUACAAAAAAUCACUAUCUGGAGAAAAAUUAACUGAUUUGUUAAGCAGUGCAGUUCCUUCGAUUUUUUCAGAUAGUACUAAUUCAAAACAUGCGAAAAAUUUAUUUAUAAAUAAAAGAAAAUCAAAAGUCUUUGGAUUCCCCAUAGAAUCAGAAAAUAAAAUCAGUAAAACAGAUCAUACAAUUGACACGGAAUAUGUUGAACCAGUUUGCUUUGUUCCUAACUGUAAAACACCAAAAGGAUUACCACUUUAUAAUUUCCCAUUUGGCGAUAAACGUUUAUUGCAUAUAUGGUCAAAAAGAACUGGAUUAAGCACAAUGUAUGACACAAACUUAUAUUUGAAUAUAACUAUAUGUAAAAGCCAUUUUCAUGAAAAAUGUUUCCAUGAAAAUUCUAUGCAGUUAAAACCCUAUGCAAUUCCAUCUGUCAAUUUAACUGAUUACUCAGGACCUCCAGAUAGUUGUUGUUUGAUUAAUUCUUUAUAUUCAGAAAAAAAUUCAGUGAUGACUUCUACUGGAGAUCGUACAUGGGGAUGGUUAGGUAGUACUGAAGGUUUUGGAAGACUUCCUGAACCAAAUGAGUUUAUAGUCAUUCCUAAAUCUCAAAUAUACAAUGAAAAGUAUACAUCAUGCUCAACUCAAGCUGCUCAUUGUUUAAUAUAUGCAGAAAACGAUGAAAAAGUAUUUGGUAUUUAUAAUCCUCGAGCUUCAAUUCUUAUGCAGUUACGAUAUGAUGGAUAUUUUGGAUUUCCUGGUGGAUUAAUUGAUGCUGGUGAAGACUUUGUUACAGCUGUUAAUAGAGAAAUGGAAGAAGAAAUUAAUUUGGAUACCACUAUACACUCAGUCAAACAUGAUGAUCAUAUUAUAUCUCAUUGGAGUGAGAAAAAAAAGCUAGCUUUACACUUUUACAAAUUAAAAGUUGAUAUAACUGAAUUGAUUGAAAUUGAAAGACGAGCUUUGCUUUCACAAGAUUAUGGAAAUGAAGUACUUGGAACAAUUAGAGUUCCUCUAUAUACAUUGGGAGACCAUUACCGCGGACUUCCAGUAUUUUUGAAGCAAAACUUUGUUGGCUGUUCACGGGAACAGCUUUUAGCUGCACUUUCAUCUUUGAAUAUUUUGACACCUGAAGAAAUCAAACUUGCUUUAAAUGCACAUAGUAAAAAUAAAUAAUUUUUGUUAAUGUAUAAUACAAUUUAUAAUAUUUUUUAUCUUCUAUACAAUAUUAAAUA